AUGGCGGACGCGGUGCCUCCAAAUGAAGUGUCCGCAGAAAUUGAGCGUAAAGUCGUUCCAGUAAACGGUAUCCCAACUGUAAUUUCCGUUUUACAACCUAAAGAUAAGCCGUCAAAACUCUCCGUGGUYGURAUUCCUGGAAAUCCAGGUUUAGUGGAAUAUUAUGAUGUUUUUAUUUCGUCACUUUAUGAAGCAAGCGGGCAAAGUUUGUCAAUUUAUGGAAUCUCACAUGCAGGACACUCUCCAAUYCUAGCRGAAUAUACAAAGCACCUGGAAAACCAUGAAAGAGAGAAUUCACCUCUACUCACRGAAAAAAACAAUGUAGAUGAAACAGAAGUUGUGCAAUCAUGUUGYAUUAGUACUGGAACYUACUCUUUACAAGAGCAAAUCACCCACAAGAAAGCAUUCCUAGAAAAAUACAUCCCAAAAAACACUAAAAUAAUUCUUAUUGGUCACUCCAUUGGUGCAUAUAUCAUCCUUAAAUUAAUGAAAGAAAUUACAAGAGAACCUGACAUUGUUAAAGCUAUUUUACUCUUCCCAACAAUUGAACGAAUGGCUGCGUCGCCAAAUGGUCGCUAUGUAACUCCGUUUGUUAAUUACUUUAAAUGGCUGGCUGUCUCUACUGUCUCGUUUGUAUCUUAUUUCCCRCAAUCAUUCAUGAAAUCUCUUGUGCAGUGGUGGUUUAGUGGACGUUGUGUUCAAGAUGAYGUUGUGGAUACWACUUUGAGACUUCUUAGUUCAGAAGCUAGUAGUAAUUCACUGGAGAUGGCAAGAUGUGAAAUGGCUGAGGUUACAGAACUGGAUGAAGAUGUAAUUGCAAGUCAUUUAGAUAAAUUAAUAUUUUAUUAUGGAGCCACAGAUCAGUGGGCUCCUGUGUCAUACUACGAAGACUUAAAGAAGAAGUUCCCUGAUGGUGAAAUCUAUCUUUGCGACAAGGGUUUUGAACAUGCUUUUGUUCUAACAUCAUCUACACAAGUUGGUCAAAUGGUCUGGCAAUGGUUGGAUAAGAUUCAGUCUCACUAUUCAUGAAAUAGUUUACAUGUACUUACAUCACAAAACUGUGAAGCAACUACUAUAAACAGGCUUUGCUUGAAUAUAAACUUAAUUUUAAGAUAUUUUGUUAUAUAAAAAUUAAAAUCAUUUUCUGUGUAAGGAUAGCCAAGCUAGUAGCAACAUAUUUAAAGGCCCAGUUUGCACCAUUAUGCUUUGCGCGCUUCUGUUAUUGCUAUGAUUUACACCAAAAUACUUCUAGUAUCCAAAUAUCACCAUA